AUGUCGUACACUAUCCAUACCUCAACCCUGUUCGACCCGAAGAAGAAGAAAUUUGUGUCCGAGGUCUCAAUCACGGUUGAGCCCAUCACCGGCACCAUUAUCAAGGUCUACGAGCGAACAGAGAAGCUAGAAGAGGUUCCAGAAGGCGACGUUGACCUCCGGGAGAAGGUUGUGAUGCCUGGCUUCGUUGAAGCCCAUUCGCACAUUUUUCUCCAUGAUUAUGACGAGCGUGCUUCAGUCAACCAAAAGCGUGACGAAAGUGUUGUCGAACGCAUCAUCCGCGCCUCAAACCACUGCAGAACUGCCUUACUAGCAGGAUAUACCACCUACCGAGACCUGGGCUCCGAAUCAAUGGGCAACUCAGACGCCAGUAUGCGUGAUGCUAUCAAUCGCGGCCUCAUGCCCGGCCCUCGCCUCUUCGUCGCGACCAAAGCCUUAGCCAGCACUGGCUCCUAUGAACCCCGCACCGAGAGCGAACAUACCUGUCUGCCAUCUGGCGCUGACUGUGUGGAUGGAGCCGGUGGCGCUCGUCUAGCUGUCCGCCGCAGAAUCGCAGCUGGUGCAGAUGUUAUCAAGUAUUUUGCAGAUUACAGACGAAGAGUCAUGCGGUUCCCGCCUACCCAGCAGCAUCCUUACAUCAACGAUAUUGCGCAUCUCCCAGAGGAUCCGAACCCUGAUGUCUUGGUCUUUGCACAAGAGGAGGUAAAUAUGAUCAUCAAGGAAGCGAGGCUGGCGAAAGCCCCUGUUGCUUGUCAUGCGGGGACAAUUGAGGGUGCCAUGAUGGCGGUUGAAGCCGGGGUUAAUACGCUGGAGCAUUGUUAUUUUGCCAAUGCUGAGCUUUUUGAAGCCAUGGUCUCAAAGAACGUUAUUUUCGUUCCUACAUUGUCUGUCUGCGAGAAAUUGCACUCCAAGCGGUACCCCGAGAUCAAAGCCCAAACGAAGCUGGCUUAUGACCUAGGCGUGAGAUUUGCCUGCGGUGCUGACAUUGGCCCUGUCAGUCACGGUAAGAGUGCUCGCGAGAUGGAACUCAUGAUAGAGGCCGGAAUUCCCCUGGAGGAUGUUCUGGAGGCGUGUUCUGUUGGAGGAUGGGAAUCAUGUGGUGGGGAUCUGUGUGGUGUCAAGUUCGGAUGGUUUGAGCCGGGUCUGCGUGCAGAUAUUAUCGCCCUGGACAAAGAUCCGCGUGAGGAUAUACACGCAUUGAGGAAUGUAUCCUUUGUAAUGAAGGAUGCGAGGAUUUGGAAGCAAGAUGGCAAAGCGGUUGGAAUGGUUCAAGACAGCUAUACUUGGUAG